AUGUCAGUCGCCUGGGUAGCCACACCCAUACAGCUCGUGGCAACUACUAAAACUGGGUUUGGAGCGGUGUCCUCCAGCCCCUAACACUAACAAAACUUUCUUUUUCUCUCCAAAUUAAAGUCAUCAAUUUUGCUUCCCGUUCAGCUAAUCGCUAGUCGUCGCCAUGGCGGACAGGCACAACACGACGAGACGGUAUGCAAUGAUCCUUCGAGGCUCGACAAAACACCAACCCCCAUGCUGGACGGCUCUGCCCGCAGAGAUCCGCCUCCUGAUUCUCGAGGCAAUCACGCAGAAGAGGCAUACCGGCUGGGCUUCAUCGGCAGCCGUCUGCAAAGAAUGGCAGUUUGUUAUCGAGAAGGAAAACUUCUGCCAGCUAAACCUGGACAUACCUUGUCUGGACGAUUUCGAACGCAUUGGGGGUCGGCGGCAACACCUCGUCUACAAUAUCUCGCUCGAUAUUGAGUUACCGUGCUACACAUGCCGAUGUUGUUACACGACCGAGUCCGAGACGUGGGGGCGGCGAAACUCGUCCAUCGUUAGCAAAGGCAUCUGGAAACUGUUUUCCAUCCUCAGCGACUGGAAGUCGGCGAGGCAGAAAGGCCUGGCGUUGGAGCUCAGCGCACACUCACCUAGCGACUCAGACCACUGGUUCAAACAUUACCGUUUUGACUUGAGUCUUGUGGGUGAUGACGAUGACGACCUAGUUUCUGGUCAGGACAUGGGCUCUACACCGUUAGACGAUCCAAAGCAUGGCUGGAAGAAUUCCCAACAGGAGACGCCACCACCGAAGUUGGCCGUGAUGCGCUUGUUUUCGGCCAUCAACCUGCGGUUUCCAGCCGAACUUCCUCGAGUGGACGCCGUCACUCGAUUCACUAUCCGCAGGCAGCUCCGACGCCGAAUCCAGCCUGUAGCAUUGCAGCUUGUGCUGGACAAGCUCAUAGGCUUGGAACAUAUGGUCUACGAGCCCUGGAGGGUGUGGAACAGGUCAUGCGCCCAGGUAGUCGACCAGGAAUACGCAUUCAUGAUUCAAAACGGCCUCCCCAAAACUCUCAAGACAAUAUCCAUAUUUGAAGACUUCGACGACAGCCUUGUGGCUACUUUGGCUGACCCCGGGUGGUUCGGGCCCAUGUUUCCCGUCGACUCUGUCCGCAUCGGCGAUCCUCAUAUUGGCGCAGCCUUUGCCUCCCGAAGCCUCGACCUCGAACAGCUUUCGGGGUCGUACCUAUCUAACGCCGAGGACUUCUUUGGCGCCUGCUUGCAGACCUGGACUUGGGAGCACCUGCGGACGCUAGCCCUGACAUCGGCGUUGCUACAACCCGCGGGUGGCCACGACAAAGUCUACGCUCUACUAUCCAGCGCUGCCGCUACGGCGCUGCAAAUGCCCAUGCUGCAUACUCUGGUGCUAUGGAAUGGCACAAGGGGCAACGCCUGCGCGUUUGUAUACCACUACCCAGACAGAGGCAGCCCAUACAUCGCAUGGCGAGGCACGUGGGAUCUAGAGCUCACCCACGCGGUCGUGGAGGCGUGGCAAGCCGUUGCCUCUCAAGUCCGCCCGUGGAAGCUCGCCAUAGAGAAGCAGUAUAUCCGAGGGGGGGUUGAUUCCCACGCCGAUGCUAUCCAUCGUUUGGCUUUACCCUGUCCAGUGGUUGCGCCUACAUCCCUGUGGCAGAUGAGGCGGGAGAGAGCCUACCAAAGAGUGUGAUACACAAUGAGCCCAGCAACCACGAUGUUCACACGUCUCUCUUCCGAGCCUCGUACUGGGGCCAGUGUGGAAGCCCAGUCACCCUCUGGCCAAAAGAAAAAGAGAAAAAGAGGAAAAAAAGCCGAAGUUGAAACAAAAGGUCAAGCAAAGAUAAAUGAAAGAAAUGUGGAAAACCAGAUCAAAUAAACGACAUCGAGUGAAAAGAGAAGAUGGAGUUAUGUAGCUUCUUUGGGCUUUUGAGUGGCUUGUGUUUCGUCCUUACCUGUAAGUUUAACAGUCGACGUCCGUC